AUGACCGACUUGCAACCACGAACGCAUAUCGCCAUACAGCCUGCACCCCAGCCGGCUCAUCCAGCAUAUUUUAACAACAUACGACAGUGGUCUACUUCUGUCACUCCUCCUCCUACGAAUGGGAGGACAAAUCCUACCCGCUCGCGCACUCGCGUCACGCGAGGAAGUACUCUGGCUACGACCUCACAGACAGCUGCGAGCACGUUGACCAUUCCUAUAGCUCCCCAACCAUCGACUUCCACAUUGCCUUCCGCGACUGAAGCCUCCGCGUAUCCUCUACCCUUGACGACCAGUAUUCCAGCUGCGACCCAAGCCCUCCAUUCCACGUACGCUUCGAGGCUACGGACAGGAACCACCCUGCUCAUGCAGCCUGUUUUCACUCCGGCAUCGGUCAAUGCCAUAACGACGCGCUCGACCCGUCGAGGGGGAGCGGUCAAUUACGCUGAUCCCGGCUCGGGAGACGAGUUCCCCGAUGCCGGAGCUAUCGACUCGGAUGAUUCAGAUUUUAUAGCGAGUGGUGGAACAAGGUCAGCAGUGCGGGCGGCGAGAUUAUCUAGCAAAGCACCUGCGGGGGCGUCUGUGUUCCACACUGGAAGCGUGGCAGCGGCGUCGCCUGCCUUCCAGCCACAGCAGCGCAACGAAUUGGAUCAGAGCUACUUAGGCAUGAUUCCUCCGUCGAAAUUUAUUGCGGCGAAGCCUGUCGCGCCGACAAAACAUGACUACUUCCCACCUGAAGCCCUGGACAUACAGGCAAGAAGACCUACAGCCCUAGUGCCCAUCCGUGUCGAGUUUGAAACCGACACCCAUCGCGUCAGGGACUGCUUUGUCUGGAACUUGCAUGAGGAUCUGAUCAAACCGGAAGUAUUCGCGCGGACGUUCUGUGCGGACUUGGAUUUGCCUACCCACCCUUGGGUCGACACCAUUGCUGCUCAGAUCCGUGCACAGCUCGAAGAUCACGAAGGUGUGGCCUCGAUGGACUUUGGUGCGAAUCCGGACGCGGAGGAGAGCAUGGCAGAAGGCGAAGAAGUCAGCGAGUGCCGCGUGGUCCUCAGUAUUGACGUACAAAUUGCCUCAUAUCACCUCUCCGAUCACAUAGAGUGGGACCUCCUGUCCCCGCUUACGCCGGAAAUGUUUGCGACAACACUCUGCGCCGAGCUGGGCCUGUCCGGCGAAGCGAUCCCGCUCGUCGCUCACGCAGUGCACGAAGAGCUGGUGAAGCACAAGCGUGACGCGGUUGAAUGGGGUGUGAUUGGCGGCGACACGCGCGACGCAGGGGACGAGCUCGCCGGCGAGCGGCCAAGAGACAAGAGCGGGAACAGCCUAAUGAAGGACAAAACAGGCCUCGGGCUGGGUUGGGGGCGCGCGCCGAAGGACGGCAGGGGCCCGAAGCCGCUGCGCAGCGUGUGGAGGGACUGGGCUGAGGCGGAGGAGUUCCGGACGCGGUUCGAGGUACUGACGGCGGAAGAGGUUGAACGGAGAGAGACCGAGCGAGAGCGGGCGAGCCGACGCUUGCGGCGAGAAACAUCCAAGUUUCAAUCACAAGCAUCGUCGAGAAGGAGACGAUGA